UGUGCAAGUGCAGUCUUUCUGAUACUUGCUGCUGGACGCGAAGUAUCUUUGUUUUCCCAUAAUUGUUUUUGUUUUUUUCUUCUGAAAAGGCCCUAUCCAUCUCGCCGGUUGCAUUCUGGACAUACCUUAAUCGUGGAACAAUUUGAUCGGGAUCAAAGGUACGUCCACGCAAGAUUAUCGGGGACAUGUAACAAUCCACAUGUUGACAAGAACUUGCUUAGUAUUCGCACACAGCCGCAUUGGACUUAUCAAUGUACAAGACUUUCCGCAAACCGCGAUCACCAGCUGUCUAUGAGCUAGCCCCUGCGCAUUCCUCCCAAGUACCACCCGCCAGCAGCGCCCCGCAUGAUUCUCAUCAUUCUCAUCGGCACGAUGAGAGUGAUCACGUUUCCGUGUUAGCCAUGUCACGAGGUGUUCUCCAUGCCAGCAACCACCACACCGGGGACCAAUUGCCCUUUCAUUCCGCCUCCUCCUCCAGCAGCCGAAGCAGCCACGCCCAGGGAAACGUACAGAGUCUUCAUCAGCAAGCCAGUGUAAACCAUAGCAGCUCGAAUUCGCACAUUGCCCAUAGCAACGCUAAUUCCGCCACGGCUGCAUUGCGUUGGAAACGCAAGCGCGAUGAUCUUUUGUUGGAGAAUGGAGUUGAUGUUGAAAAUGUUGCCUCCUCUUCAUCAUCCUCGGGCGCCAACGCUAAUUCGGGUUCGCUCUGGCGUACUGGCCACAAUCAGCAUCAUCACCGCGACCAUGUUGCCCACAAUGGAAAUCCUGAGGUGUCUGUAAUUGAACCAGUCUCUCCUGCCUUUCCCAUACCGCGUAAGAAGAUGGCACUGACCGCCGCCAUGCAUCAGAAUGUCAACAAUCAUGCUGCCGCUACCACCACCGUGGCCACAACCACUACAGCCACGAACAACAACACAUCCAACGUGGCAUCGCAGAGCGGUAACAGCAGUGAUGGCGAGUAUCAUUUGGUUAAGCAUGAGGUGCUGUGUUCCUUGUCGUCGCGCUAUGAGGUCCUGGAGUUUCUCGGACGAGGUACCUUUGGGCAGGUGGUGAAGUGCUGGAAGCAUGGGACCAAUGAUAUUGUGGCGGUUAAGAUUCUGAAGAACCAUCCGUCGUAUGCCCGGCAAGGCCAGAUUGAGGUGUCGAUUCUGUCGCGUUUGAGCCGUGAGAAUCCGGAGGACCACAACUUUGUGCAGGUGUUCGAGUGCUUCCAACAUAAAAAUCAUACAUGUUUGGUGUUUGAGAUGCUGGAAGUGAACUUGUACGACUAUCUCAAGCAGCAGAAAUUUGCCCCGCUACCACUGAAGGUCAUUCGGCCUAUUCUGUAUCAAGUGCUGGUGGCUCUGCUGAAGUUAAAGAAUCUCGGAUUGAUUCAUGCGGAUCUGAAACCGGAAAAUAUAAUGCUACAGGAUCCCGUGCGACAACCCUACCGUAUUAAGGUGAUAGAUUUCGGAUCGGCCAGCUACGCCAGCAAAGUGAUUACGUCGACAUACCUUCAGUCACGCUACUAUCGUGCUCCGGAAAUUGUGCUGGGCUUGCCGUUUUGCGAGGCAAUUGAUAUGUGGUCAUUGGGAUGCGUGGUGGCCGAGUUGUUUCUGGGUUGGCCGUUGUAUCCUGGAGCUAGUGAAUAUGAUCAGAUCCGCUACAUUUCGCAGACACAGGGCUUGCCGCCUGAACAUAUGCUAACCAAUGCCACUAAAACAACUAAGUUUUUCUAUCGGGAUACGCGUGGAAUCUAUCCAUUCUGGCGUCUGAAAACACCCGAAGAGUAUGAACUAGAGACACGACAGAAGACCAAGGAGGCCAGAAAAUACAUUUUUAACUGCCUCGAUGAUAUUAUUGAAGUUCAUCCAAACACGCAUCUGGCGGGGCAGGAUCUUUUAGCGGAAAAGGGAGAUUGUGCAGAAUUUGUGGAUAUUUUGAAGAAAAUGUUGACAAUGGAUCAAGAACGACGAAUCACACCAGCGGAAGCACUACAUCAUCCGUUUCUGAUGCUUAACCAUCUGGCAAACUACGCGACAUCUACGUAUGCAAAGCAGUCGGUACAAUUGAUGAGCGUAUGCCAAAGACAGCGCUCACGACAGCCACAGACAUCACCCACCACGGAAACAUCAAGAGCCCCUGUUUUCGGCACAGCUGUGCCGGGAUUCGAUCAGGGAGUGCCACGUCUUGCAGGGUAUUUUGCGGGUGGUGAUUUUCGUGAUACAUUGGACUCCAUCCAGAACUCGUUUAUGCGAUCGGCGGCUGCGGUUAACAAUCCGGUACAGAGUGCGGCGACUCGACAUGCUCAUGCUAACACCAAUAUUGGCACAAUCGGUGGCUCAUUUACUGAUCCGGCCAUUUACUCCGCUGGUCCAUUAUACAUACCGUCUGCAUUCUUUCCGCAAGGCUAUCCUGGAAUUAAUGUCCGGUCUUUCGUUGCCCCAACGGAGAGUUUGUUCCCGUUCAUUAAAGUACCGGAUGCAACGACCGCCGCAGCCGCCGCCGCCUAUCGGCAAGGGACGGCGGCCGGUGUUACGGGUUUAGCGGCAACCGCGCUUCCUUUCCUAUCCCAGGUCUCUGGGAAUCCGCAGUUCGCGAACCAAUGUACAGCGUUGCCGGUUAUGAAUCCUGGUGUAUUUAUUACUAAUCCGGCCGUGCCGACGUGCUGGCCCGUAAUAAAAAUGCCGGAUGCAACUUCCAUCCCGGAUGCUUAUUCCCAUAGCAUCGCUUCACUUGGUCUUCCUGCGGCGUUCUAUGAUCUGCGGACAUUCAAAGCCGACCUGCCGACGCAACCUGAACAUCCCAGCGUAAUUUCGCAUACGUCAAAUUUAACCAGCUCAUUGUAUCCGGAUGCUUGGUAUCAGGGGCCAUCGUUGGCAGGUGGAAACAACACGUCAUCAAAUCGAUUUCCCGGCUUUGAUGCGUACACCGUGGACGUGAAGCCCAGCCUGACGAGUAGUGAUCGGUCCGCUAUGGAGUCACCAACUUCAACGACAUUCCCGUCGUACCGUCCAGAGCCCACUUCAUUCCAUCAGCGCGCUAAUUGCUCCAAUCUAUUUGGGGGAACGCCAGUGGAGGCCUUGAAUUUGUCGGCGGCUGCCGCGGCGGCAACAUCGUCAUCAUCGUCCAGCAACGAUCGCAGUUCGGAUCUGCGCCGAUCACAUCGUAAUGUACCAUAUGGGGAUAUCUAUACAGCACGCAACGCCGCCACUGCGCAGGAUGCGGAGCGCUAUUUCACGGGUGGCAGUGCCGUCUUUGAAGCGCCCACCUCCACAAACAACCGCAACACUCUGAACCAUUCCAGUGUGGCCCACCGUUUAAACCAUCCAUCCAGUUUCUUCCAAAACAGUGGCAGCCAGCGCUUGGCUCCCACAAGCAACUUCGACUAUUGGUCCAAUGUGUGAGUUCGAGUGUUGUGGAUUAAUUUGGGGGUGUCUUUUAUCAUUUCCUCAUUUUUUUGACUGUGUUUAAGCCUUUGACGUGUGGCAAGGUUUUUUUGCUUAUAACAGUGUGGAUGCUAACGCUAGAUUUUACUUACUACUUUUGGCUGCGCUGAAGCAUUUUUAUUUAGCGUUGUUGUGACACCCCCUUGCGUACCGUACCGGAGCUUCUGGAUACUGUCCGGAUUACGCUUUUCGGUCAUCCGCUAAACGUAACUUUUUUGCUUUUAAAUUUUCAUUUAUUGAUUAUUUUUGGCGAUUGGAAAGCGGCUGUGAGAGAGAUGCAUGGUGAAGGAGACCAAGUGGACCAGAAUUGUUGUGGUAGCGUCCGCGAUGGGUGGUUGGAUGGCGACGGAUGGUUAUUUGAUGCGGAGGAUCAUGCGUGGCUUUUAUUAGUGGAUGCAGAUGCAGCCAGGCGUUUGCUCCACUAUUGUCACUUUGAAUCGGGUCAGAUUCGUGAUGCUGUGCUCCUGUGGAUGGAUACUCCGCGGCAUAUAUGCGUUUCUGUCCGCUUCUGUGCCAGCCGUGGUUAUUGGGAUACAGUGGUUGAGUGUGUGUCUCUUUAGCUUCUCCUGAAUUGUGUAUCUGGCACUUACUUGGCACGGCUCUGACUUUUUAUUUAAUCGACGGAUUAAUUGUCCGUUCGGAUUCUGACUUGGGAAUGAGGACGAAUGCCAGUGAAUUUUGUUGUGGUUUUGAAUGCUGAAAUUUGCAUUAUGUAAGUACGAACGCCUCAAGUUUGUUGAUGGAAAUAAACAUUUGCUUACAUUGUUGAUGAACUGACA